AUGAAUGAAACACAAAAUCAUGACAUUAGCAAAAGUUUCAGAGAAAAAAAUUCUUCAAAAUUUUUAGAUCCUUGUCAAAAAGAAAGCUUAAAUUCAAUGGAAUGUUUGGAUAGAAAUAAUUAUGAUAAAGGAAAGUGUAAAGAUUUAUUUAUCCUGUAUCGUGAAUGUAAAAAAAAAUGGUUGGAAAAACGUCGAGAAUUGCGAAGAAAAGGGUAA